AUGUUCAGGUUGUACUUCCUUUUCUGUUGCCAUAGGAACCGAUUUGAGCUUGUUCGCACAACUACGGAGCUCGAGACGCUUGUUCGUGCGUUUCCUGACCUCAAUCUGUGCAAGGAUAGGCCUAAGCCGCCCCUGGACCCGGUACGCCUUGUGCUGCCCGUGCCUGUGCUGCCCGUGCCUGUGCUGCCUGUGCCUGUUGCUGCCCGUGCCUGUUGCUGCCCGUGCCUGUGCUGCCCGUGCCUGUGCUGCCCGUGCCUGUGCUGCCCGUGCCUGUGCUGCCCGUGCCUGUGCUGCCCGUGCCUGUGCUGCCUGUGCCUGUUGCUGCCCGUGCCUGUGCUGCCCGUGCCUGUGCUGCCCGUGCCUGUGCUGCCCGUGCCUGUGCUGCCCGUGCCUGUGCUGCCCGUGCCUGUGCUGCCUGUGCCUGUUGCUGCCCGUGCCUGUGCUGCCCGUGCCUGUGCUGCCCGUGCCUGUGCUGCCCGUGCCUGUUGCUGCCCGUGCCUGUGCUGCCCGUGCCUGUGCUGCCCGUGCCUGUGCUGCCCGUGCCUGUUGCUGCCCGUGCUUGUGCUGCCCGUGCCUGUGCUGCCCGUGCCUGUGCUGCCCGUGCCUGUGCUGCCCGUGCCUGUUGCUGCCCGUGCCUGUGCUGCCCGUGCCUGUUGCUGCCCGUGCCUGUGCUGCCCGUGCCUGUGCUGCCCGUGCCUGUGCUGCCCGUGCCUGUGCUGCCUGUGCCUGUUGCUGCCCGUGCCUGUGCUGCCCGUGCCUGUGCUGCCCGUGCCUGUGCUGCCUGUGCCUGUGCUGCCCGUGCCUGUGCUGCCCGUGCCUGUGCUGCCUGUGCAUGUUGCUGCCCGUGCCUGUGCUGCCCGUGCCUGUGCUGCCCGUGCCUGUGCUGCCCAUGCCUGUUGCUGCCCGUGCCUGUGCUGCCCGUGCCUGUGCUGCCCGUGCCUGUGCUGCCCGUGCCUGUUGCUGCCCGUGCCUGUGCUGCCCGUGCCUGUGCUGCCCGUGCCUGUGCUGCCCGUGCCUGUGCUGCCUGUGCCUGUUGCUGCCCGUGCCUGUGCUGCCCGUGCCUGUGCUGCCCGUGCCUGUUGCUGCCCGUGCCUGUGCUGCCCGUGCCUGUGCUGCCCGUGCCUGUUGCUGCCCGUGUCUCGUGCUUGCGCCCCCGUGCGCUCUGCUACUGUCUGCGCCCUCUUUAAGUAG